UCCAUGCUCUUGCGCCGUUUCGCGUCAACUUCAACGUUGCCGCCAACGAUCCGACAGCUGCUGUCUUCCCUAAAAGUGACUGGCCAGGAGACCAAAGUACAAUUGAAUGGUUGGAUCAAAUCUGUACGAAGACAGAAAAAUGUCACUUUUGCGGUGAUCAACGAUGGAAGUUGUACUUCUGGCCUGCAAGCAGUCUUGAAGCCAGAUGCUACUCCGCACAACUUAACUAACGGUGCCAGUGUCCGCAUAUGUGGGAAUCUGGUUCAGAGCUUGGGCCGCGGUCAAUCGUACGAACUGCAGGUCGAAGCGAUUGAUGUCUUAGGCGAAUGUAAUCCGGAGACAUACCCUAUCCAGAAGCAAGUUCUACCGGUGGACUUUCUAAGAGACAAUGCUCAUCUCAGGGCCCGAACGGAUAUUAACGCUGCCAUGCUCCGUCUACGAGACUCCGUCCUCCGAACGCUACAUACUUAUUUUGAGGCCCAAGACUUCCACUACGUGCACACGCCCAUUCUGACUUCAAAUGAUUGUGAGGGUGGGGGCGAAACGUUCCGUGUGUCACCCGCGUCUUCCUCCCCUUUCCUAGGGCAUUCACCCGAUCCUAGCGUCCAAGCCGAAUUCUUUUCCCAGCCGGCAUAUCUUACCGUGUCUUCGCAGCUUCAUCUGGAGGCCAUCGCCGCGUCUCUGUCUCGGGUUUACACGUUGUCUCCUUGCUUCCGGGCGGAACGUUCUCAAACGAAUAGACACCUGGCGGAAUUCUGGAUGCUCGAAGCUGAAUGGGCUUUUAUCAACCACGUCGGGAACGUAUGCCAUGUGGUCGAGGAGUCUCUCAAAAAUGUCCUCGUGCAGUGUCGAUCAGAAAACGCACUCCUUUGGAAAGAUGGCGACGAGGCAAAACUCAAAACUCUGGAAGAUGCGUCGCGCCCAGGGCACCCCUGGACACGCAUGACAUACACCGAUGCUGUAAAGGAGCUGGAGAAAUACCAUGCUUCUUCUCGAGUCGGGUUUGAAUUCCAACCCGCGUGGGGGAGACCGCUGCAAAGUGAGCACGAGCGCUGGCUUUCCGAACGACUUGUCGGCGGCCCUGUGUUUGUCGUAGAUUACCCAACCUCCCUGAAACCAUUCUACAUGCGAGCCAAUGAUGAUGAGCAGACGGUAGCAUGCUUUGAUCUGCUGGUGCCCUACAUCGGCGAGCUUGUAGGUGGGUCGCUGAGGGAAGAGAGGCUCUCUCAUUUGGUCGAGGCUAUCCAGAGGCAUGGGCUUAAGGAGGAGGAAUACAGAUGGUACGUGGACUUGAGGAAGUAUGGGAGCGCGCCUCAUGGGGGCUAUGGGCUGGGGUUCGAACGACUGAUUAGCUGGAUGAGUGGGAUUGAGAAUGUGCGGGAGUGCAUUGCGAUGCCGAGGUGGGCAAAGCGGAUGUUGUUGUGAUAGUAGGGUCCUCGUCAGCAUCUCUCGAUUUAGUACUAAUAUCAUGUUGAACUUCCGAAUCAAUUGGGCUCUACGGCGAAGUCUUGGUUGUCGAAGGCACCAGACCUGCUAGGCGAAUAUGCUGUUGUCUAUGUAGUACCAUAGACAUGUCUGUCACUGCUACUAACUGCAGGGGGCAUUAACAUCAAGUCUUCUCCGGACAUCAGACCUUGUCUUCUUAA